AGAAACCCUACGAAAACUCAUUGUCUCACUCUCAAUCUAAACCGGCGCUGAAGAUCACCAGAUGACACAGUUCGAUGCGGAGACCUGGACCUUGAAUGAUGCGCCGAUGUCUUGUAUAAAUCAAUUGCCUCCUGCUCUCUCUAUUCUCUCUUCAUCUCCUCCUCCUCCUCCUCUCAUCAUUCGUUCACCAUGACCGACGACAGAGCUCUCGAACACAACAAACUCGACGUCGCCCACAUCGACGACUUUGAUCACGUCCACGUCGAGCGCGUCGACAAAGAAGUCGCCCAGUACGUCCUCGACGAGGCCGUCGUUAUCGACGACGAGACCAAUUCCUACCUCAAACGCAAAAUCGACCGCCGCAUCCUGCCCGUGAUGAUCAUCACCUACUUCCUCCAAGCCCUCGACAAAGGAACCCUGUCAUUCGCCUCCAUCAUGGGCAUCAAAGAAGAAACAAACCUCGCCGGCCAGGAAUACCAAUGGCUCACGACCUGCACCUACCUCGCCGUCAUGAUCUGGGAGUUCCCCACAAACUGGAUCGUCCAGCGCGUGCCCAUCGGUAAAUACCUCGCUCUCAACAUCGUCUGUUGGUCGAUCUCCCUCGGCGCCCACGCCGCCGCAAAGAACUUCACUCACCUUGUCGUCGUCCGCACAUUCCUCGGCUUCUUCGAGUGCUCCUGCCAGCCCAUCUUCGUCGUCCUCUCCUCGAUGUGGUACCGCCGCGAGGAGCAGGCCGCCACCGUCGCCUUCUGGUACAUGAUGAACGGCGGCCAGCAGAUCGUCGGCGGCAUCCUCGCCUACUGCUUCACCCUCAUCCAAGGCGCCGCCCUCUACAACUGGCAGAUCCUCUUCCUCACCUAUGGAUGCAUCUCCCUCGUCUGGGGCGUCUUCGUCGGCUGGUGGAUGCCCGACUCCCCCAUGCGCGCAAAGUGCUUCUCCGAAGAGGAAAAGAAGCUCAUGAUCGAGCGUGUUCGUGCGAACCAGACUGGUCUGCAAAACAAGCAGUUCCGCCGCGAGCAGAUGAUCGAGGCCCUCCUCGACCCCCAGUGCUGGGCCUACCCGUUCGUGCAGUUCUUCACCGCGCUGCCAACCUCGGGACUCGGCGCGUUCGCAAACAUCAUCAUCUCUUCUUUUGGCUUCACCGUCCUGCAAACCCAGCUGCUCGCCAUGGUCCUCGGCGCCUAUCUCAUCAUCAUCCUCCUCAGCUCGGCCUGGCUCUCAAAACGCUUCAAGCAAAACAUCUUCAUCAUGAUCAGCUUCGUCAUCCCCUCAAUCAUCGGCACCGUCGUCCUGAUGACCGUCGUCAACGACGGCACAGUCACCCGCAGAGCUGCCCUGCUGUUUUGCUACUACCUCACUCUCUCGUUCUGGGCAGCUUCCACCCUCGGCCUCUCCAUGCUCUCCCGCAAUGUCGCCGGCCAGACCAAGAAAACCACCGCGAUCGCAAUGAACUUUGUCGGCUGGGCGGUCGGCAACACCGUCGGUCCGCAGGUGUUUCGCACGACCGACUCCCCGCGCUAUAUGACCGCGUUUGGCGUCCACAUGGGCUGCUAUGGCUUGCUCAUCAUCAUGCUCGUCGGGCUCAGGUUUUGGCUCGUGAGCCAGAACAAUAAGAAGGACAAGAUGUUACAGACCGGAGAGGCCCUUCCUGAUGUCGAUCUCACACAUGCCUUUGAAGAUCUCACCGAUCGCGAGAAUCCCAACUUUCGUUAUCUGUUUUAGUAGUCUGCGAUGUUUACAAUAGUAGUAAAUGAAUUGAUUUCACGUGACACUCUACCCUCUCUCAU